AGCGUCGCAAAGCGCAGUGUUGUGGUUGGAAGUCGUCCUUUGAGCUAAACCUCCAGUCGCCCUUCAGCCGACAGAAAGGGAAAGAAAGAGCGGUCCUCUCAGCUAAAACCGACACCAGCCUAACGCGAAACCAUGGCAGGGACGAUUGCGCGGAAAGCUAUUGACCACCUGAAGAGCAAAGAGUUCAGGGACUAUUUGACGAGUACACACUUCUGGGGUCCUGUAGCAAACUGGGGUCUUCCUAUCGCUGCCAUCACAGAUAUGAAGAAGAGCCCUGAAAUUAUCAGUGGCAGGAUGACCUUCGCUCUGUCCUGCUAUUCUCUGCUGUUCAUGAGGUUUGCCUACAAAGUGCAGCCUCGCAACUGGCUGCUGUUCGCUUGCCAUGUGACCAAUGAGACAGCCCAACUAAUCCAGGGUGGCCGCCUCAUGAAAUACAAAAUGGAGAAGAAGAUGGGAUCUUAGUGGCUGAUGCAGAUGAACUACAGAGUGCCACUGUGCUGCUUCAGCACCCACCUAAACCUUGACAUCAGUAAUCAUCUGUAAAAUUGCUGCACUUCCAUCUUUUUUUUUUUCUUUUCUUUUUUUUUUUAAAAUUCACCAUUAUCAUAAUUGAUCACCCUCCUUAAGUUUCUGCCACUUUACUAAAGAUAGGAAAAAACCUCCAUGAAUUAAGGUCAACUGAUGUGAAUUGGUAGAUUUUUGCAACAUUCAACAUGACACACCAGAAUACAAUGUGGGAGAAUGUACACACAGCUAAGCAGCCUGACAGUCCUUGCACACAGGUUCUAGUGUUUGCACACCUGUAAACUAGUCGUUAUUUGUUUUCAUCUAAUAUCUGCAAAGGUUGAGGUCACUUUAUGCAAAAAUGUCCACACUUUUUUUUUUUUUUUUGUGUGUGUUAAACUCAGUACGCACAAGGCUAAGCUGAUUGUCUUUUGAAUGAGAUAUUAUUCUAUUAAAUGUAUAUAUGAAUAUCUGUGGGAAUCCAGUUUGAAAAGUUUAACCAUUUAAUAAGCAAUAAAAUGGAAACAAAUGUCUAAAUUAAACAAAAUCAAUAUUGACCUUUUUAUGUGGUGAAACUGCCCACACUAAAGCAGUAUAGUGGUUCAAGCUGAGACUGUCUAGGUUGCCGUCCUACAUGACUGGACAAAAGGAAUUGCUGCUUCUGUCAGUGCUUUCUGAACAUGCACUGUGUUAUGUGUCAUUCCCAUUAAUUUAUUGUCACUGUAUAAUUCACAUUAUUUUCCUUGAUUAAUAUUCGGAUUCUCUAGGUUUGUUAAAAUAAACUAGCUAUAACAAACUUGA